UCACAUUUUGCUAAGCAACAGGUUUCCGCGUGCACGGACGCGGACUGAGCUGUCUUUCACUCCCCCACGGAGAGACACAUAUCCUCAGCCAGUCAGAAAACUGCCCUCCCAAACGACGUUACAAGUCGCCGUCUCCGGGCGGAACACAGUUGCAGCUUGAUGGUUGCUUCCGAGCCUGUGAAUUUGAAGCAUGUGCAGCAAAGAGCCAUACGACACACAGCGCAGUCCAUUUACGUCAUUCAUUAACCUGAUGAAGUUGCUGCUAAUGUUUCAAGACUGAUUAGGCGUUAAUUGCUACGGAGGGGAAAGAUGUGGGCGUCGCUGUUCCACUUGAUUGCCGUCUUUGUGGCCGUCCACAUUACCAAGUGCCAAACAGUUUGCAACAAACAAGCGCCGCUUGAGUGGUACCUUAAGAAGCACACAAUCCAGCUGAAUUGGACUUUAAUCGGAAACAUCUGUGAGAAUGACUUGGAGUGCUGGGGCUCUCAGGGGAAGCGCCAAGUGAGCGAGCAGCCUUUUAGCUUCCCACAGAUAUGCCCACUUCAGCUGCAACAUGGAGACAAACUGCUCAUGUCUGCUGAUGAAACUCUCAAGACGUAUGGCAUCAGGAUCUUCAACGUGUCAAGAGAGGACUUUGAAAGCUGCACUACAAAUGCAGAGUUGAAGAAUCAGUUUGUGUUCCCUCACAAUACAAACGAAAGUGAGCAUGUUGAGGCCAAGUGGAUUACCCCAGGUCAUCAUUACUUUAUCGCGCUUCACGAAGGGGAUUCGCAGUUAUGCAAGCUUGGUUUAAGGCUUAAUGUUUCUGUUAAAACACAGCUCUGCCGGGCCUCUCCUCUUCUGAGACUUUGUUCGGGGAAUGGAGUUUGCCGAACAGAUUUCUAUGAAGGCGCGUACCACUGCCGAUGCAACCACCUCUACUUUGGGAGGUUCUGUGAAAGGUUCGACGCCUGUUUGGAUAACCCCUGUCAGAACAAAGGAAUCUGCUUGACUAACGGGUCCACAGAUCCAAACAACAGAACCUACAAAUGCUUAUGUCCACCACACUUUACAGGUGUAAACUGCUCUGAAAUCAUUGGGGAAGGAAACUGUCAGACAAUUUGUGAAGAUGGGACAUGCGUCCAACUGUCACCGGUUUCCUUCAAAUGCAUUUGUGCGUCUGGAUUUUCAGGCCCUUACUGUGAGAAGAGGAAAGCCCAGUGUGAGCCGAAUCCAUGCAGAAAUGACAGUGGCUCCGAAUAUGCUUGUGCAGAUGGUACUUUGGUCCCAGAAUGCAGGAGGCAGCAGAGCAUGUGCAGCCCAUCACCAUGCCUGAACAAUGGUACCUUUGUGUCUAGGGGAAAGGAUUUCUUCUGCAGAUGUCUGAGUGGUUUUUCUGGGAAGAACUGUGAAGGAGUAAUUGACUACUGCAGACUGCUCAAUAUCAACUGCCUAAAUGAGGGAUUGUGUUUGAGCAUAAUUGGUGGAUAUCAGUGUGUUUGUACCCUGGGGUGGAUUGGAGAGUUUUGCCAGCAUGUAGGCGAUGCCUGCUUGAUUCGACCAGACAGCUGUUUAAAUGGAGCCACAUGCAUUUCCACAAGUCAGCCAACAUCUCCUCCUGAGUACUACUGCAAAUGCCCUCCUGCUUUCACAGGAGCAGCGUGUGAGACCGAGAUCAACGAGUGUGAUUCCAACCCAUGUCAGCACAAUGGCAACUGUUCUGAUUUGCUUGGAGACUAUAUAUGUCAAUGCCCUACAGGUUUUCAGGGAAAAAAUUGCGAAAUUGACAUAGACGCCUGUUCCCUACCAGACACUGUGUGUCAUUCAAGAACUCAGUGUUUGGACCUUCCUUAUGGCCUUGAAUACACCUGCCGUAUACCCUGCCCUACAAAUCUUCAGCCGUGUGCCCAUGGAGGCCGCUGUGUGCUGAAUAAUGCCAGCAGCUACAUGUGCAUCUGUGCACAUGGUUGGUCUGGUCAGAACUGCCGCAUAAAUGUCAACGAUUGUGUCCAACACUGGUGUCAAAAUGGAGCCACUUGUGUGGACGAGAUUGAUGGUUACAGUUGCCUUUGUCCCAGUGGAUACACAGGGGUCUACUGUGAGCAGGACAUUGAUUACUGUGUCGACAGUCGCUGCUCUGAACAUGGUGUUUGCCUGGACCAGCGGUAUAACUUCACCUGCCGAUGCAUGCUGGGAUAUGAGGGGCCGCUGUGUGAUGUGGAAGCAAAUGAGUGCAACAGCUUCCCCUGCUCUAACGGCGCCACCUGUGAGGACCUAAUCAGUGAUUAUCGGUGCCACUGUCCCCCGGGGUUUGAGGGAAGGACGUGCUCUCAGAAUGUAAAUGAUUGUUGGUCGCAGCCUUGUCUAAAUGGAGGCUCAUGUGUGGAUCUGAUAAAUGACUACAUUUGUCACUGUCCUCUUGGGUUUAAAGGAAAAGAUUGCUCUGUGGAUAUUGACCUUUGCUCAUUUGGACUAUGCAGCGAACACACAUUAAUAUGCAGCGAGAGCCGGGAUGGGCAGAAUGUCUCUUGCACAUGUGAAAAAGGGUAUGGAGGUGCAUUUUGUGAAGUAAAUCUCAACGAAUGUGAAUCAAAACCGUGUCAGAAUGGAGGAAUUUGUGUGGAUGACCUUGACCAGUAUCGGUGUUUGUGCUCGGAAGGCUUUGGGGGUUUCAACUGUGAAAUCAACCGUGAUGAAUGUGUCCACGGAUACUGUGCCAAUAACUCCACGUGUAUUGACUUGGUUGCAGACUAUGAGUGUAUCUGUCCUUCAGGUUUUGGUGGUAAGAAUUGCUCCAUAUCUUUGUCUGCAUGCACAACUGACCCACACCUUUGCAGAAAUGGAGGAACUUGUUUCCUUUCUUACACUGAGGAAGUACAGUGCAUUUGCCCUUUAGGCUACAGUGGCGGAGACUGCUCAUCGUCGGUGAACCAGUGUGUGUCAAAUCCAUGUGACCCUGAAGGGACCAUUCUCUGUGAAGAGCUGAAAAGUACUUAUAGAUGUGUGUGCCAUCAUGGCAACACGGGGACACACUGCGAGACACCUAUAAACCACUGUGUUGACGGCCUUUGUCAACACGGUUCAGUAUGUGUGGAUCUGUCAAGAGGUUUCAAAUGCGAUUGUUUACCAGGUUUAACAGGCCAGUUUUGUGAGAUAAACAAUGAUGAUUGUGAACUGGAUCCAUGUGGACUCCUCAGCAUUUGUAAAGACUCUCUGAAUGGCUAUAAUUGCUUCUGCGCACCUGGAUUUAUUGGAAAUAACUGUGAGAUUGAAGUGAAUGAAUGUCUGAGUCACCCUUGCGAAAAUGGGGGGUCAUGCAUUGAUGAGCUCAACUCAUUUAGUUGCGACUGUCCUGCUGGAAUAACAGGUAACUUCUGUGAAGUCAAUAUAGAUGAAUGCAUUUCCUCUCCUUGCCAGCACAAUGCUACAUGUGUCGACCUUCUUCAUGGCUACAAAUGUGUUUGCAAGUUUGGCUUUACAGGUACAGAAUGUGAGCUUGACAUUGAUGAGUGUGCUUCAUCUCCUUGCAAGAAUGGCGCAACGUGCAUUGACCUGCCCGGUAAUUACUUCUGCCAGUGUGUGGCUCCAUUUAAAGGUUAUAAGUGUGAAUUCUUGCCCUGCGAGGCCAGUAAUCCCUGCGAGAACGGUGCAGUGUGUGUGGAAGAGUUGGAUCAGGACCGUUUUCCUCUGGGCUUCCGCUGUCACUGUCGUCAGGGCUUCUCUGGCCCCCGCUGUGAAAUCAAUGUGGAUGAGUGCAGCUCCAGUCCCUGUUUUCACGGUUUCUGCUAUGAUGUUGUAGAUGGGUUUUACUGCCUUUGUAGUCCCGGUUAUGCUGGCCUGAGAUGUGAGGAAGACAUUGAUGACUGCGUGAACAGUUUGUGCAGUCCCAACUCUGUCUGUAAGGAUCUCCAUCAGAGCUAUGACUGUGUGUGUCAGUCCGGAUGGGAGGGGAAAUACUGCCAACGAGAAAUUGAUGAAUGUUUGUCGCUGCCUUGCAAAAACAACGCCACCUGCACAGACCUUCUUGACGGCUACAAGUGUUUUUGUUCACCGGGCUGGACAGGUGUGGACUGUGCACAGGAUGUGAAUGAGUGUGAUUCUGGACCCUGUCUAAAUGGAGCUCGGUGCACACAGUCAGACAUACCUGGGGAGUUCUCCUGCACCUGUUCCCCCUUCUUCACUGGCCUCUUGUGUGACCUGCCUUAUGACCCCUGCGACUCCCUCCACAACCCCUGCCUGCACGAUUCCACCUGCCUGACACGCUCCAAUGGAACAGCCUCUUGCAGAUGCUCAGCUGGCUUCCAAGGAAGUUUGUGUGAAAUUGACACCAAUGAGUGUGGUUCAAACCCAUGCCAAAACCAUGGGAAAUGUGUGGACCAGGUCAAUGGUUUCAGGUGUGAUUGUCAGAUGGGAUUUUCUGGCCUUCACUGUGAGGAAGACAUCAAUGAAUGUGCCUCCAACCCUUGCAGCAAUGCAGGCAUCUGUCAGGACCUUGUAAAUAAUUUCCACUGCGUUUGCCCUUCUGGUUAUUUUGGAGUGUUGUGUGACCUGGAUGUGAACGAGUGUGAAGUCUCACCUUGCCUACAUGAGGGCAUCUGUAUCAACACGCCCGGAGGCUUCAAGUGCAUCUGCCGGCCUGGAUACACAGGGUUACGGUGUGAAGUGAACAUCAAUGAGUGUAUUUCUAGUCCAUGCCAAAAUGGUGGAAGAUGUAUUGAUGGGCCUAAUCAAUAUCACUGCUGGUGUCCUGAUGGCCUCAUUGGGCUCCACUGUGAGUCCAACGUUGAUGAAUGCAUGUCAGCACCUUGUCUUCAUGGAAGCUGCAAAGAUGGAAUAAAUUCAUACACCUGCUUUUGUGAGACGGGGUGGAUCGGCAGCAGAUGUGAAACAAACAUUGAUGACUGUGCCCUCAAUCCCUGUUUGAAUGGAGGCUCAUGUGUAGAUCUCAUUGAUAAAUACGCAUGCUUCUGUCUGGAUGGGUUCACAGGAAAGACUUGUGAAAAUGACAUAGAUGUUUGCAGAGACACCUCUUUAAAUGUCCCACUGUGCUUCAAUGGAGCCACUUGCCUUGAUGGUGAAGGAUCAAAUUUCACUUGCAUCUGUCCACCAGGUUUCAUGGGGGAUUUCUGUGAAGUGGAUGUUAACGAAUGUUGCUCAGCGCCAUGCCAGAACAGCGCUGUUUGCCAAGAUCUUAUUAAUAGCUACGUCUGCCACUGCAGGUCAGGUUGGACAGGCCUUCACUGUGAGGAUGACAUUAAUGAGUGCCUUCCACAGCCCUGCAACCAGGGGAUAUGCAUCCAGAAUGAUCCAGGCUAUGGCUACACCUGUUUCUGUCGUCCUGGAUUUGUGGGGAGGAACUGUGAGCACAACUAUGAUGACUGCCUGCUUAAUCCAUGUCCAGAAGCGUUUUCCUGUGUAGAUGGCAUAAACAAGGUCAGCUGCCUGCCUCCCAAUACGAAUCCUGUUCCCUUGGUGACGCCAAGCGAGAACAUCACUAGCGGCUACACACCCAGGGUUCUAAUGCCAGCUCUAACCCCAGUACCAAAAGCUGAAUCAUCCACAGAUUCAAGCUACCUCCAUUACUUUGGGAAUUCAUACCUUGAGUUUCAAGGUGUUGACCUUGGAACUCAAAACAACAUCGCUGUGAGAUUUCAAACCACAGCGUCUCAAGGAACUCUCCUGUAUGUCGACCAAGGACCCAUUAAUGGGGAUUUCUUUUUCAUGAAACUCUUUAUCCAGGAUGGGGUCUUGCAGUAUGCCUUUUGCUGCAAUGAAGAAGAUGAGGUUACACGGAUGAGUGCAUCAAGUCGCGUUGAUGAUGGCAGAGUUCACAUUGUGCAUAUUAGACAAAACCUGACCCCUUGUGAGGCAGAGCUGACACUAUCGGGAAACACGAGAAUUAAAAGCACUGCAAGUAAUUACUGGCUGGGACACAUGAUUCAAAGAACAAACCAUGUCUUUGUAGGUGGUUUGCGACAACAAUAUAUUCCCAAUCAGAAAGCAAAGCCUCUUCACAACUAUACUGGCUGCAUUGAAGUAAUAGAAAUUAACCACCUAAGAAGCUUCUACACAGCUGAUGCAGUUGCUGGCAGCAACAUAGAACAAUGCAGGUAUACUUUACAUCACAUGGUGGCCUCCACAGAAAAUUACUUGAGUCUGACCUCUCCAUCAGCUUCACCUACCACGGUAAGCACAGCAACCCUGGUAUUGUCCACGCCGCCUCCCAAAAUUCCUCUGCAUGAACCCAAAGCUGGACAUGAUGACCUUUGCCACAACGGAGGAACAUUCCAUCAGAUGCAGCUUCAUGGAAGAACUCUUUCCUCCUGCCACUGUCCUCUCCAUUUUACUGGAUCCUUUUGUGAAAAAGAUACCACCAUCUAUAUCCCAUCUUUUGACGGCACAUCGUACCUGGAGCUGAAACCUCUUUUAUCUCUUCCACACCCUUUAAAUGACAGCAACAAUCGACCGACCGGAGCAGAAGACACAACUUUCUAUCUGACAGUCAAAACAAGAUCAACCCAGGGCACCGUCCUCUUUACCCAGGAGCAGAACUUUGGGGAUCGGUUCCUCCACAUGUCCCUUGAAGAUGGACGCCCCAUUGCUCAGCUUGGCUGUGGGGGCACCAGUGUUUUACAUGCAGCUGCUGACAAGAGCAUCAAUAAUAACAGAUGGAUGUCGAUCCUAAUCCGAUUCAGCCUGCCUGUUGGCAAACAAGGAGGGUCAUGUCGGAUUGAAAUUGCUGCAGAUAAUGGCUCUGCACGGCAUCUUGAGGAACUCGUGUCUCACCCUGUGUCAGAGAGAUCCUUUGGACCUAUAUUUCUUGGGGAUGUUUCAUCCCUCUGGGAGCUUCAUGAUGAGAGAGGAAAAGAAAAGAGGAGAUUCAUUGGCUGCAUCAAGGAAUUCCAGGUCAACUCAAAGGAGAUUGACCUGGUGGGUGAAGCAGUGAAGGGGAGGAACAUCAAGAACUGUGACCCGCCUGUCUGCCAACACCUUCCCUGCCGCAACGGAGGAACAUGUGUCAGUGACGCCGACGACUGGUUCUGCGAGUGCCCGCCACUCCACACGGGCCGACUGUGCCAGCUCAGCGCCUGCGAGCGUGGACCCUGCAGCCACGGAGCUACGUGUAUCCCAAAGUCACAGCUGGAGGCCGUUUGCUUAUGCCCCUCUGGACGACAGGGGCUACUCUGCGACCAAACCAUCAAUAUAACUCGUGCCAGAUUCAGUGGAACUGAUGAGUUUGGCUACACAUCGUUUGUGGCCUACACCUCCAUCCCCAGCCUCAGUUUCUUCUACGAGUUCAAGUUGAGGUUCACGCUCGCAAAUAAUUCAUCUGCUGCCAGAGACAACCUGAUUCUGUUUGCUGGACAAAAGGGACAAGGCAACGACGGGGACGACUUCCUUGUUUUAGGACUACGAAGCGGCAGGGUUGUUCACAGAUUUAACCUCGGAUCAGGAAUAGCAACCAUAGCCAGCGAUCGACUCAACUAUCACAUGAGCAUCCACACCGUUAUCUUUGGAAGGUCCAAAAGAACAGGGUGGCUGAAGGUUGACGGGCAGCGGAACAGAACAGGAUAUUCUCCUGGACCUCUGGUGGGCCUCAAUGUUUUCAACCAGCUCUUUGUAGGUGGAUAUAAUGAGUUCACCCCUGAACUGCUGCCACUUGGCUCCAGAUUCCGUCAAGGCUUUCAAGGGUGCAUCUUUGAUGUUCAGUUUCGGACCAGGAGAGAUGGGAAGUUUCAAGCGUUGGGGCAACCUGCAGGGCAUCCAGCCUUCGGGCGUAGUGUGGGUCAAUGUGGAGUCACCCCCUGUGUUCACGUUCACUGCAAGAAUGCGGGGACGUGUGUGGACUCUGGUUCAUCUGUCUACUGCCAAUGCCCACCCGGAUGGAAAGGAACCCUCUGCUCUGAGACCGUGUCUGUGUGUGAUCCUGAACACCGCCCCCCCCCUCUCUGCGCCCACGGCUCCACCUGCAUCCCUCUGCCGAAUGGAUAUACCUGCCAGUGCCCCUUGGGGACUGCAGGACUCCACUGUGAGACAGCUGUGAGGAUCACUGACCCAUUCUUUAGUACUAACCAGUCUUCAUGGAUGUCAUUUCCUCCAAUGAGCAUUCGGCACAGGACUGUUGUUGAACUGCAGUUCCAGCCUUUGUCACCUGAUGGCAUCCUUGUCUAUUCUGCACAGCAUCUUGGUGCCAGAGCAGGAGAUUUCUUCUGUCUCUCCUUGACAUCUGGGUUUGUCCAGUUGAGAUACAAUUUAGGUGAUGGCACCCAUGUUCUGCAGUCAAUCCGGACUGUGGACCUCUCAGGUGGCAGGAGAUGGCAUGUGGUGAAGGCUGGCCGAACUGGUCACCAAGGCUUCCUCAGCCUGGACAGCGAGGAGGUUAGAGAAAACAGGACUCAGGGGAUGACUACACUCGAUGUCACAACUAACAUAUUUGUCGGAGGCGUGUCCACUUUGAGCUUUGUCUGCCCUGAAGCAACUGAACAUGAGCCAAUGAGCUUCACCGGCGGCCUGAGAGAACUCAUAAUCAAUGGUCGGGAACUUGAGCUAACAGAGACAGGAGCUAUUGGUGGAGCAAACAUCGAGGACUGGGACGGCACAGCCUGUGGAUACAAAGUGUGUCAUAACGGAGGUCAAUGUAAAGCUACAGGGGCUGACUCAUUCAUAUGUACAUGUCCGUCAUUGUGGACUGGAUCUCUGUGCAACCAGUCUGUAAGCUGUGUAAACAACAACUGCAGACAUGGCUCAGUAUGUGCUCCAUCUCCAUCUACUGUGCUCUCCUACAGAUGCAUUUGUCUCUUAGGAUGGGGAGGAACACAUUGCGACACUAGAAUGUCCACAGACAUAUUCAGGUUUGUUGGAAACUCUCACAUUAAAUACAAAGAUCAGAGGUUUAACAUUAGAAACCUAAAAUUUACGCAGGUUUCGUUUAGUGUCUAUGCCAGUUCAAGUGACGGUUUGAUAAUGUGGCUAGGGAUGGCCGAACAGGAAGAUGAUGACUACCUUGCAGUUGGACUUGAGGAAGGACAUUUGAAGAUUGCAGUUAAUCUUGGAGAAAGACUUACCCUUCCAGUAACUUUUAGAAAUCACAAUUUCUGCUGUAAAAGAUGGCAUAACGUGUCUUUAAAUCUAAACCGAACUGUUAUUCAGGCGUUUCUCAACAACGAGGAAAUCCUGUUUGAAGAUUUGGACCCAUUUGAGAGAUAUGUAGCCUUAAACUCUGGGGGUGUGGCUUACUUUGGCGGGUUUGAAUUUUACAGAAAUGCAUCAGUGGUCACCUCUGGGAUAUUUUCAAAGGGUUUUGAAGGAAGUAUCAGAAAUGUGUUCUUGUUUGGAGAUGGGAACCCGGUGCUUUUUCAUAAAAACAGUGAAGGCUUUAAUAUUUUUGAAGGCAUUGAAUGAUAGUAAAACUCUUAAUUUUGGACAUCUACAAAAGCUGGAGGAAAGACAACAGGAGUGUAAGGAAUUCUACAAUUAUUUAUUGAAGACUGUAUAUAGUUUUGUAGAGUAAUAGUAAUUUAACUGAGUUGCAUUCAAAACACAAAAAAAUUGUGGAAUAAAUCUUAUUUAUGAAGAA